CAAAAUUUCCACCAAAACUGGCAGCCCUGGUCCGCGCGUGGUUCGUGUGACAGAAGACGCAAAAAGAACAAAAACAGCAGAAGUAAAAGCAGCGCAGUUUGCUGAAAACGAAUAAAUUUCGGGCUAAAAACUUGGACUAAAUCGCAUUUAUUUCUAAAGUUUAGUUUCUUUCGGCGACGCGUAGUGGAAUUUUGCGAGUGCUCAACCCACAAACCCCCGUUUUCUCAGGAAGAAAUUUGACGCGCAGUGUGUUCUCUCCUCGGUGGAGGCAUUUAUUUUGGUGUUAUUUUAGGAAGGUGUUUUCCCCUUGAAAUUUGAGUAAAUUUUAAGAAAAUACGCAAUUAUCCACCUUCACAGGAUUCCGGUAGCUAGUGCGUAGUGCAAAAUCAGUUCCAGGGAGCAAAUCUAGUGCGAAAAAUCACGAGUGUGUUCAUAAAAUUUGAUAGAGUUUGAGAGUCUCCUCCUGGCAGCAAGUGGCGGAGGACCAGGUCAGAAGGAAGAAUCCUUCAGCAGAACAAGAAGAGAGGGGGAGGAAAAGUAGAAGCAGGAAGAACCUCGUUGAUCCGAGGACCAAAACACGCAGGAAAAGAAGGAGCAGACAACACAAGCCGCCACACCAAAAUGGCUGGUGUUUUCGAUUUGGAGCUGGACAUCCGCGACAUCCGUGACUCAGACGACGAUGAUGUGAUCGAGGUCGAUGAUGUCGAUCUGGAGCCGGAGCUACACAUCCACAGCAACCUGGACGCGGACGGGUCCGAGACGAUCCCCCUCUCGGAGGACAUUGUCAACCCGGGCCGGAUAAAGCUGGGCCCGCAGGACUUUGAGCUGAAGAAGGUGCUCGGAAAGGGCGGCUACGGCAAAGUCUUCCAAGUCAGAAAAACAACCGGUGCCGACGCCAACGCCUACUUCGCCAUGAAGGUGCUGAAGAAGGCUUCGAUAGUUAGGAAUCAAAAAGACACAGCCCACACACGUGCGGAGCGAAACAUCCUGGAAGCCGUGCGGCAUCCAUUUAUAGUUGAAUUAGUGUACGCCUUCCAGACAGGCGGAAAAUUGUAUUUAAUCCUAGAGUAUCUCAGCGGCGGCGAGCUGUUUAUGCAUUUAGAGCGCGAAGGAAUCUUCCUGGAGGACACCACAUGCUUUUACCUGUGCGAGAUCAUUCUGGCGCUCGAGCACCUGCACAACCUCGGUAUCAUCUACCGGGAUCUGAAGCCGGAGAACGUGCUGCUGGACGCGCAGGGCCACGUCAAGCUGACCGACUUUGGCCUGUGCAAGGAGCACAUCCAGGAGGGCAUCGUGACGCACACCUUCUGCGGCACCAUUGAGUACAUGGCACCAGAAAUCCUAACCAGAAGUGGCCACGGCAAAGCCGUCGAUUGGUGGUCUUUAGGGGCUCUCAUGUUUGACAUGUUAACAGGAAUGCCUCCCUUCACGGCGGACAACCGCAAAAACACCAUCGAUGCCAUCCUCAAGGGAAAGCUCAACAUCCCGGCGUAUCUGGCGACGGACUCGCGCGAUCUGAUCCGCCGGCUCAUGAAGCGCCAGGUGUCGCAGCGGCUCGGCAGUAGUCCGACGGAUGGCCAGGCCGUCCGGGCGCACUCCUUCUUCAAGAACGUCAACUGGGACGACGUGCUGGCGAGACGGCUGGAUCCGCCGAUUAAGCCAAUUUUGCGAAGUGAAGACGACGUCUCCCAGUUCGAUACCAAAUUCACCAAACAGAUACCGGUAGAUUCGCCCGACGACUCGACACUCAGUGAAAGUGCCAACUUAAUCUUUCAGGGAUUCACCUACGUCGCCCCGUCGGUCCUCGAGGAGAUGCAGCAGCCGCGCGUUGUGACGGCCCGCUCGCCCCGCCGGAUGCCCCGCCAUCACCACCACCACCAUCACGGAGGCAACCACAGCGGCAACAGUGGCGGUGCCGGCCACAGCCACAGCAUACACAACCACCGGAUGGGCGGAAUCAGCAUCGAAAACGGCGGCAUCACGCUCGCCGACGAACAGAUGCUGAGCAUGCCCCGGUCACAGACGCUGGCCGCCGGAGCGCCCCACAGCAGCAACCACCAUCUCCACCAUCAGCAACAGCAGCACCAACACCAGCAGCAGCAGCAGAAUCACCAUCAUACGCAGGCGCCGUCGGCGAUACGGACGCAGCAGUUUGCGGGUGCGACGGGGGUGGCCGGACCAGCCAACUCGCGGCACACGCCGGCCCACCUGCAACCGUUUGCGCCGCGGCCAUCCCCUCAGGACGAAAUGAUGGAAGUGUACCCGGAGCUGCCGAUUUCAUAGCCAAGAAUGGAAUACAACAACAAUUUUAGAAGAUUUAUAAUAUAACAAAAUACCAGUAGCAUAAAGAGAGAGACAGAAGAGAACCCCCUUCCCCCCAUCCCCCGUUAGGAGUAUGAGAAGUAUGAAAUCAACCAACAAACAACAACAACAUUUUUUACAAACCAACUCGGGAGAAUGCCCUGACUCACACAACACGCAGCAGCAGCAGCCGAAAUCAGCAUCGAUAGAGCAAUAGCGAAUAUAAAAAGUGAAGCAGCGAGUGUAUUGGAACACGCAGAAGGUGGACCGCGGACAGGCAAUAUUUUACGUGAUUGACCAUUAUUGAAAGAAGAACGGAGAAGGAGGAGAGAGGGAAGUACGUUGUCACACGGAAAGAAAAAAAAAAGCUGUUUCUGAAAUUUAAUGAUUAGAGUAUUGCGAGAUACGCGUUUAAAGUGAAAGUGGGAAAACAUGAGAAAUGUAUAAAUUUUUGGUGUGAAAGAAGGCGAUGACGAUGAUGUGUGAAUAAUAAAAAGCGUUUGAAAAAACAAGUAUAAAUUGUUACUAUUUCUGUUUUUCUGUUCGGUACUCAAUCACUGUUUCACUAAACAACACAUACUACUAAAAUGCUCUUACCACAAGAUUAAAAUUAUAAACAAAUCCUAGACUAGUGUGCGAAAGAGAAGGAAGAGAUGUGGUGUGUGUCUGCUAAACUGUAUUACAAAGUUGACAAUUCAAUGCGAGACCUCCCCCUCCCCCUUAACUAAGAAUUACGUUAUCGAUUUGAUAAUCACCUUAAAACAAAAUGAAAAAAAACACACACACACACUCGCCCUCACUCUGGCAAACAUUUAACAAUCGCGAUGUGUACAGAGAAAAAAUGUUACGCGAAAAUCUACUUUCUUCUUAAGCGAGUGAGUGAACUUUUUCUAGUAAACGUAAUCGAUAAGGUAUGCUACUCAUUUAGAUCGCAGCAAAACUCUACACAAAAACACACUUAAGUUCCUCAAAGUUAAACAAAUUGAUUGUGAAAACCAAGGUUGUUAACGAUAAAACCAUCGAGGCUCGAUAAUGCUAACGAUAAUUCUAUCGUUAUCAUUAUUUUGAUAAUUCUAUCGGUGAUAAUAUCAUCGCCGAUAACUCAUUUUUAAAAUCUUUCUAAAAUCGACUUAAUUCAACCAAAUCAUGUGAAAUUUUCAAUGCUUUCACUAAAAAUAUAUUUUUUGAAAAUGUAGUAAGUUUCAAAGUAUAAAUACUCAAAAUUGUUCACAAAAUAUCUUAUUUUUUUCGAAAAUACUUGUACUUUCAAAAUUUGAAAUCUGGUUAUCAAACAAAGCGGAAUCUUGUUCCUUUUUUACUUCAUUAGAGUUUUUUUUAAACACUGCAAAAUUCCGUAUUUUUUCUUAAAAAAUAUAUAUUUUUUUAAUUUGCAAUAAGGUUAUUAAACGAAACGUAAUUUUGUAAGAUUUUUCACUUUAUUUGAGUUUCACAAAAUAUCCUAUUUUUUCGAAAGUACUAAAAUUUUCAAAAUUUGCAAUAUGGGUAUCAAUCGAAGCGAAAUUUGUUAUGCAUUUUCACAAUAUGAGUUUUUUUUUGAAAAUACAUAAAUUUUCACAUAAUACCUUAUUUUUUUCGAAAGUACUCAAAAUUUCAUGAUUUGCAAUAUGGGUAUCAAACGAAGCAAAAUUUGAUAUUCCCUUUCAGUUCCUUAAUUUUUUUUCGUGAAUUCCGUAUUUUUUCGAAAAAUUCAAUUUUUUUGAAAUUUGCAAUAUGGGUAUUAAACGAAACGAAAUUUUUAUGCUUUUUCACUUUAUUUGAGUUUUUUUUGUUUAAUAAGAGAAAUAAGGCAUAUUUGAAUCAACAAAGCGUUUUGUUGAUUUGAAAAUCAAGAUUUUUGCUGAAUCAACGCUAAACGCCAAAGAAACUUUUUCAAAACAAAAGAUUUUUGUGGAAUUGAGAAAAUCAAGGCUUGUUUCAACGCAAAAUCGGCGUUGAUUAUAUUCAACAACAAAAUUGUUGAUUCAAACCUCGUACAGGCUGAUUCUACGAAAUAUUUUUCCGCGUGUAAAUUUUUCACAAAAUUCUGUUUUUUUCAAAAAUACUAAAUUUUUUUCAAAAUUCAAAAAGGGAUUGAAAUUUUGAAUGCGUUUUUUCGUAAUUAAUUUUUUUCCAAAUCACUAAAAUUUUCACAAAAUAUCGUAUGUUUUGAAAUACCUCAAUUUAUAUUUUUUAAAUAUGUAUCAAAUCAAAUCAAACGCAGCUAAAUUUUAUAUGAAUGUAUGUUUGAAGCAUGCAAAUUUCUCUUUCCAUAUUGCACAUUUUGAAUUUUUUUAGGUUUUUUUUAAAAACGGUAUUUUGGGAAAAUUUUAGUAUUUUUCAAUAAAACUCUGAUAAAGUAAAAAAGCAUACAAAAUUUCGCUUCGUUUGAUACAAAUAUUGCAAAUUUUGAAAAUUUACAUAUUUUCGAAAAGAUACGGAAUUUUGCGAAAAUUUUAGUUUAAAAAAAGACCCCAAUAAAGUGAAAAAGCAUACGAAUUGCGCUUCGUUUGACACCCACAUUGCAAAUUUUAAAACAAUUUGAACAAUUAUUUAUACUUUGACACUUACAUUUUCAAAAAAUAUAUUCGUAGUGAAAAUUCAACAUGAUUUGGUUGAAUUAAGUCGAUUUUAGAAAGUUUUUAAAAACGCGUUUAUCGAUAGAUUAUCGUUAUCGUUAGACGAUAAUAUUAUCGACGAUAAUUUUAUCGAUUAACAACCUUGGUGAAAACGAAAUUAGAGAAAGAGAGAAGACGAGCGCAUGAUUUGAAAAGAGACACCUAUUAAAAACGGGCACCAACACGAGAUUUUUCCUUUUUUUUUGUUGAAGUUUAGUAGAGAAAGAGAGUUGCGUGUGCGCGUGUGUGAGUGUGCGCGCGGAAUGGCUAAAGAAAUAGAGUAAAAACUAGGAUCGCAGCGUGAGAAAAGUAUAUUAGUUAGAAUGCCCAACCAUGUGUAAACACUUCUUUAGCCAAAUAUCCCUCCAAAAAUGAAAACAGAACUUACUUUAAUCGCCGAUGACACUGACCAGCAGCGAAAGAUUUAUCAUUCUAAACAGCAAAGUGGGAAAUUGACCAACAGUUUUUCAUGUUUUUUUCUUUCUUUAUAGUCCCGUAAGCAACACAAACAUUUAAACGUUAAACAAAAUAGACAAGGACACGAAAGCUAACUUAAUUUUAAUAAGAGAAAUCACCUUUACCAAUAGAACAAUGAAGCAAGUCUUAAUUUUUAAAGAUUCUGUUUUCCUAAGCUAGAUAAAUUAUUGAAACAAUAAGACAAACAAACGAAGGCAAACCACAAAACACACAGUUUAAAAAACGAUGCAAUAGUCUGGAUUAAAAUAAAUGAACAUAUAUAAACUGAUUUGACUGAUUUUAAAGUAACUCUUAACAAAAAGAAGAAAAAAAACUUUAGGCUGUAAGGAAAAUCCCAGCAAACCAUUUGCGAACAACAAUAGUGAAUUUUUUGUACAAUAGACCAGAUUUAUAGUGAAAACGUAACCAGGGGGGAAAAAAAUGCUAACAAAUCGACCUCUGUAGAUGAAUGAUACCAACCAACCGAAAUGUCUCAAAGUUUAACUUGCAUUAAUUUCCAACACUUUUAUUUCCCACUCACCCCUCCCCUCAAAAUCCGCUCAACUACUUUGUAAUUUUUGGAAAGAGAGAAAACAAA